GUCUUAAUAUUUAAAAACACUCCCUGCGGUUUAAAGUGAAGGUAUAUACACAGUGAACACACACUAGAAGGUAUCGUUGUUGAUACAAUUGCUGCCCAUGUUACAACACUUGUCUGGUUGAGUCGUCAAAAGACACAUGGGUUGUGUUACCGGAUACAGCUGCUUAAUACUCGGACUAUGUCUAACACACAUUGUCCUGGCGCAGAAAAAUAACACAUCUGUUGGCGUAGGUGUAGAAGCCAGCAAUGAUGAUCGGGUUAAUGGAACUGUGGGCAUGUCAAAGGACUUAGGUAAUGGGGUCAGUCUAAACGCCGGAGGCAGUUUGGUUUCAAGUGGAAAUCGGGAAGUCAAAGCAGGAAUAUCAUGGAGUUGGCGGAGUUCCUCUAAGGACUCUCAGGACCGAUUCAACGUGACGCUUAAAAGUGAUCCUUGUAAAUUCGACUCCUAUGAUCAAGACGCAAAUGGAAGGAUUUCAAAGAAAGAGAUGUUGUCAAUAUUUCGAAAUAGUUUUGCGGCUGCUAUGUUGUUUGAUGUUUUGGACGUAGGAACCGUCGAUGGUACGAUUACCAAGCAGGAGUUUGCUAAUUUAGCUGCGGUUGUCAUCAAGUACUGCGUCCGGAGCUGCCUGUAACAGAGAGGAAUGGACGAUAUAUUGGGACAAUUGUUAUUUAACAUUAUUAUGUUUUAAUUGAAAUGUGUUUUUAUACAACGACAAAGAUGUUUUGAUGAUCAAUGUAUGAAGCAAAGUUUAAAAAGCGUC